GGAUGCUGUAAAGGUCGGGUGAUUGUUCGUAAUUUGUGAGUUAUUACGUUUGACAUAUCAGCGUGUUAUUUUGUUUUAACUUUUAUAUUUAUUUAAUGAAAAUAAAUAUUUAGUAUACAAUAGGUCACAAUGACAGAUCCUGGAAGAUGGUCUUCAACACAGGAUACUGACUUUUCAAGCUUUCAGUCAAAUGAUAGCUUCAAUUUAAAUGAAGUAACUGGUAUUGAUGAUCUUCUUACAAAUUGCGAAAGUGAAUUGCUGCAAAAUGAAAACUUAUUCAGCGAUGAUGCAUUGCUCUCACAAUUGGAAGAUCCUUUAGCUAUGGAUGCAGAAGGUUUAGAUUUUUUAAACUUUAACAGUAGCGAAGAGUUAAAAGAUUUUAAAGAAUUCCAAGAUUUCAAAGAUCCAAAUAUUAUUAAAUCUGUACCAAAUGGAAAUGUAUUAGUAACUUCAACAAUACCAGAAAAUACACAACAAAUUCCUUGUGUGUCAUCACAACAACAAAAACAACAACAGCAACCUCCACUCCAAGACAUAGCAUCUAUGAAAAAUAGAACACAAAGAAUAUCUGUUACAUCAACACCUACAGUAUUUAGUUCACAAUAUGCUAUUCCACAGAAUGUAAACUUCAAUGUUCAAUCAUCACCAGUAGUAACAAUAGCACCAGUAACCCAACAAAGACAGUUACUUUUGCCAGCUAAACUUAUUAAGUCAGAAUCAGUUGUUUAUUCUAGAGGAUCACAAGCUGUUACUUCAGCUUCUGUACCACAUCAAAUACAUACCUUAGUGAAUACUGCUAAUGGAACAGUUUUAACUACUGGUAUUCCUGUUGUAUUAGAUACUGACAAAGUGCAGAUCAAUCGAUUGAGUACAAAUACUCAUGUAGGUGUACCAAAAGUAAAAGAAGUAAAACGCAAUGCCCAUAAUGCUAUAGAACGACGUUAUAGAACAUCAAUAAAUGAUAAAAUUAUUGAAUUGAAAAAUAUUAUUGUUGGAGUGGAUGCUAAAUUAAAUAAAUCAGCAAUUUUAAGGAAGACUAUUGAUUAUAUUAGAUUUUUACAGAAUUCCAAUGCAAAGUUAAAAGCAGAAAACAUGUCAUUAAAAAUGGCACAACGACAAAAUUUGCGCGAUUUAUUAGUAUGUGGUGAACUUACACCACCAAGAUCAGAUUCAAGUGAAUCAUCUUUGUCUCCAGCACCAGCACCGUUAUCUCCGCCAUCUCCGUCAUCGAUCAAAGAUGAUCCAGAUAUACUACAAAAUAUUCAUUCUACAUCCGUUCUUACAAACCAAGGCAUGAGAGACCACACCAGACUUACACUUUGUGGAUUUAUGUUUCUUUUGUUAGCUUUUAAUCCCUUGGGUCUUCUUAUAAAUAAUGUUGGAAGAUUCAAUUCUGAUUAUGCAAAUACGAAAUUGGACGGUCGGACAAUUCUAAAUUAUCAAGAUCAAUCAGAUUCUGAGAAUCCAAUUUGGAGUAAUGUACUUUUGUGGUUAACAAAUGCUAUACUUCUGAUCAGUGGGCUUUGCAGAUUACUGCUUUACGGCGAUCCAAUAUUAACUUCCGAUAGUAAAUUAUUCCUCGAACUUCAUCGAUGGCGGCGUCAAGCAGAAUUUAAUAUAUCAAAAAAUGAGUAUAGUCAAGCAUGUCGCGAUUUGCAUCAAUGCUUGCAAUUCUUAGGUCGACCAUAUCCAUCGUCACGUACAGAAAUUUGGCUUGCAACUAUGUGGCAGAUUAUAAGGCAACUUCUUCAUAAGUUAUGGAUUGGGAAAUGGAUUUUAUACACUCAUAAAUGGUUUUCUGAAAAAACAACACGACAACAAGCAGAAAUAUCGGCUAUGGAAAUAGCCACUAUUUAUCAACAUAUGCUUUGUUUACGCUUAUCGGAAGGUUCAAAAAAUGGAACAUUAUAUCUUGCCUUUUCUGCAGUAAAUUAUGCUGAAGCCGCCGGUGAAACUAUACCAAAGUCAUUAUUGGCAGAAAUAUAUAUCAAUGUUGCGUUAUGUUUUAAACAGUCGCUUUUACCAUUUAUUCAUAAAUAUUAUUUGGGUAAAGCGCGAACACUACUUUCAUCAUGCGCAGUGCCACCGAAGUUCAAGUGGAUUAUGAGCGACGAAGGUGCUAAAUUUUUAGCAUUUCAGAAAUGGCAAUAUGGAGAACAAUCAGAUAAUGAAUUUACAUCUCAGAGUAGUAAAGCUGAUCCUCUGUCAUAUGCAUCACGUGCAUACAGAGAUUACUUAAUUGGACAUUGUUUACGUAUUUUAACUGGUACUGCAGGAGACACUCAUUUAUCAUCAAUCUUGGAAUAUGGUCAAAUUAUUAUGUCUUCUGCUGGAGUAGAUACUGGUUUCGUAUGUGCCAAUAAAGUUACAGCUACCCACUGUGAAGAUGAAAUUGGAUUAUGGUGGGGAGCAGUAAUGUAUGUAGCAGCAUGUUGGAGAUUAAGGGAAGAUGAUUCCCAAGCAUGGAAUAUAGUUGAAAGCAAAUUUCCUUAUGAAAAAAAUUAUCAGCUUUGUAAUAAUAAUAGUAACAUUAGUCCACUACCAUAUAUUGUUUUAAAUGCUUUGCAAGCAGCAAAAGCAACUACUAAAACAGUUUCAAUGCGUUUUAUUGAUCAAGCAGGAAUAUUACUAGAGCAAAGCCUAGUUUAUUAUCAUUGCAAGCAACAAUCAUUGCAAAAUGUUUUGCUUACACAAUUGUGGAUUUGUGAUUGGUUACUUGAGAUGCGAACUACAUUUUGGCAAGAAUUAGAUGGUGAUUUAGAAAGAUCCAAUAUAAAUAUAUCACUUGGCGGUUUUCAACGCGAUUUAGCUUGUUUGAGACAGUUGUGUCAACAUAUUCCAUCUACAUUGGCACGAGUAUUUCUUUAUGAAGCUACCGCACGUAUAAUGGCAGGAGCAACGCCAGUAAAAACUCAAGUCUUAUUAGAUCGCAGUUUACAUCACCGAAAUUCACGUUCCUCGAUUAUCUGUGGAAAAGAUCGUUCUCAGGAUCAAUAUAGCGGAGAAAGAGAACACGCAGUAGCUUUAUGUUUAGCAUGCCGACAUUUGCCUGCAUUAUUAUUGGCUUCUCCUGGCGAACGUGCCGGUAUGCUCGCAGAAGCUGCUAAAACUCUUGAAAGAGUUGGUGACAGAAAAAGGCUUCAAGAAUGUUAUAAAUUAAUGCGACAAUUAGGUCCUGCUAUUUCUGCUAACUGAUGCAUUGAAUAAAAAUGCAUCAUUCAUUUGAUAUUACAUACUUCAUGAAAUCAUUGUAUAUAAAUUUCAAUGCAGAAUUCACUUCCAUUAAGCUAUUUUUGUAAUUUACUAUUUAUUAUUUUUUAUGUAGGCGCUUUGUAAUGUAAGAUAUAUAUAUAUAUAUAUAUU